UGUCUGUUUAUUGCUUAUAAAUAAUAAUUAAGAAAAACAAUGGGAGUUCUUGGACUUUGGAAACUUGUAGAUGCUACAGGAAAGCCAGUUCCUUUAGAAACUCUCGAAGGAAAAGUUCUAGCAAUAGAUAUUUCCAUUUGGAUACAUCAGGUAAUUCAAGGGUAUCAGGAUCGCAGAGGAAAUGCCUUGCCAAACGCCCACCUUAUUGGUUUAUUUAACAGGAUUUGUAAAUUGAUGUACUUUAAGAUCAAGCCUGUUUUUGUUUUUGAUGGUGGUGUACCUUUGCUUAAAAAAAAUACCAUUGCUACACGCAGGAAGUUAAAAUCUAUUGCAUCUAGUAAAGCACAAAAGUUAAAGAACGAUUUGAUAAACAACCUGAUAAAACAUACAGCAGUGAAAGGAGCUCUUGAAAAAGGAAAUGACAACGAAGAAAGCAGUACUGCUAUACAACAAUUGAAGGAUACAAAAGCUAGCAGUGUCACAUCUGCUAUCAAUGACAUGUACAAACUACCUGAGAUCCCCAGUGGGAGUCAAUUAGAUCCUGAUGAUUACAUAAACAGUGAGGAUGAGGAUGAAUUGCAUCUCAGUCCACGUAAGCAGUCUAAGUGGAUGGGAAAUAUUCACAGUGUUGAUGUGGAUAACGAGGAAUUCAAAAAUUUACCGGCUGAUGUCAGGUAUGAUAUUUUAACGGAUCUGAAAGAUACCAGAAAGCAAAACUCUUGGGGUCGUCUACACGAGUUACCGAAAGGCUCUAAUAACUACUCUGGCUUUCAAGUAAAACGUUUAUUGAAAAGAAGGUACGUUCAAGAAUCUCUUGAAGAAGCUGAAAAAGAAAUGGGAGGAAAAUCUUUAACUUUGGAAGAAUUAAAUAAACUCUUGACUGAUCAAGGCAUCAAUACAACCUUGCAACAAGAUAAAGCUUUUCGUAUUGCUUCCGACAGCACAACUAGAGUUAUUUAUGUAAAAGAUUCGCAAAGUACACAAAAUACUAGUGAUUCAGAAAGUUCAAAACCAAGCAAGUCAAAAGAACCAGAUUCCAGCUCAAAAGACGCUACAUCCGACUCCUUAUCUGUGAAUUCUGAAAUUUCAGCAUCAGUAAUCAACGAUAUUAAUGCAUACGAUCUAGAUGAAGAAUGGAAUUCAGAUGAAGGUUUCGAAACAACGCACAAUGAGUCCCCGCAGUUAACGAAGAACAAUAUCCCAAAGUCGGUGAUGAACCCGGCUUUGGCUUAUAUGUUAGAAAAUAGCGGAUUUACGCGUGACCAAAUAGUAAAAAUAGUAGAACAGCGUAAACAAAAUCAAGCAAACUCGGAUACAGCAAGCUCGACCGCUUCAUCUAAAAAGGAAAGAAAGAAAAAGAAAUCGCUUCGUUUGUCUGUAACCAAAAAGAGAAAAUUAUCGUUUGAUGUACAGUUAUCGAAAAAAAAACAAGAAACUGCGGAAGAACCGACAGCUGUUAUCGUGGAGUCAUCCUCGGAAUCUGAAGAUUUUGAAGAAGUUACAGAAAAAAUUACUUCUAAAGGAAAAUCGGUUGAAAAUGAAGUUUACGACCGAACCAUUACAAAAGAGUCUUCGGAUGACGAAUCUGACGAUUUCAUUGAGGUUCAAGAUGUUCCCAUUCCAGAGGUGUCAGCUGUCAAAAAACCGCAAAAUGUUGGUCUCCAAAUAAUGAUAAACGCUGAGAAAGAUCUUGAAGACGACAUAUUUGCCGAUAUUUUUUCUGACGCAAGUACUGUUGAAAAAUUAGUUAAAAGUCCCGAAAAAAAGAAGGAAUCGGAAGAAGUGGUGAAAAAAAAUUUUCAAGAUGCUCGUAUAAAGCAAAUGGAAGCACUUAAAGAAGUGAAAUCUCAAUUAAAAGCAAUAAAACAAAAGUUUGAAACAGAGAAAAUCGAUAAUGAAAGUUCGAUGCCAACUACCCCAGUGAAAGUACAAUCAGAAGACACUUAUAAGUCUUUUCCGCAAACUUCUGAUAAGGUCAUUGAUUCAUUGACCAUUGGAAAUCUUGUAGAAAAAAUUAUUGAUUCUGCAGCAUUAGAAGAAAUUGAAACUUACCAAGAUGAUAUCAAAGAAAUACAAAAUGAAGAAAAAGAUGAAAAUGUAGUCUCUGAUAUUGAUUUUGGAGAUUCAGAUUUUCUUGCUAAAACAAAAACUGUAGAAAACUCUACAACUAAUGACAUUCCAAAGGAAACCGAAAAAGUAGUGGAAACCGUAAAAAAGCCAGCUAUUAUCCUUCCCACAGAUGAAAAGGAACUGGAAUCUAUGAAGCAACAACUAGAAAAUGAGCAACAGCAAAUCGCUGGAAGCUUAGGAAAACUCGAGAGACAAGCCAUCGACAUUACGGAUCAAAUGAGGAUAGAAGCACAAGAACUUUUACAGUUAUUUGGUGUUCCUUACAUUGUGGCUCCUAUGGAGGCUGAAGCUCAGUGUGCGUAUUUGGAACAAGUUAAACUUACUAAUGGCACCGUAACCGAUGAUUCGGAUAUCUGGCUUUUUGGUGGUCACUGUGUGUACAAAAAUUUUUUCGACAACAAUAAAAAAGUCUUGCAGUAUUUAUCAAACGACAUAGAGCAUCAUUUCAAGCUUUCCAGAAAGGAAAUGAUCCUAUUAGCUUUAUUGGUUGGCAGUGAUUACACGAAUGGACUCGCGGCCGUUGGUCCUGUCACUGCGUUAGAAAUUCUAGCGUCUUUUCCUUGCGAAGGAGAAGAUUUCUUGCGUGGUCUGCGAUCAUUUGCAGCCUGGUUCAGGGCAGGAAAAUUGGCUGCACCCGGGAAAACUACUCUACGCAAUAAACUUAAAAAUGUACAAAUCGAAAAAGGAUUUCCUAGUCAAGCUGUGGUUCAGGCGUACUUGGCUCCAACGAUUGAUGAAUCAACCGAACCGUUCUCAUGGAGUAAACCAAAUUUAGUUUUAUUAGCCGACUAUGUAAAGCGAAAAUUUGGCUGGACGAAACUAAAAUUCGAUGAGAUCAUGAAUCCUGUCAUGAAGAGGUACAAUGAGACUCAGAGUCAAAGGGUGAUAGACUCGUACUUCAAAUACCAGCUCGUACCAAAAUCUAUCGAAACGGCUAUGAGUAAAAGAGUUCAAACAGCUAUCCAAAAACUUAGUAGUAAAGGAGAAGCUGACGAAGAAUUGGAAGGUGAUGCACCAAAAGCAUCAACUUCAAAAGAUAAAGUCAAAAAGCCAAGAAAAGUAGCGGUCAAACGAGGAAAGAAAUCUAAAGACAUAGAAAGCGAGUUACCAGCUAUUGCGGAAUCAGUUGAGAAUGAAGAGGAGAGUAAACUUAAAAUCGAACAAAAUGAAAUUAAGGGUGAAUCCGAGACUGAAGCUGUACAAGUCAAGAGUGAACCCAUAAAGAUGAUUGCAAUCGACGAGGUUAUUCCACAGAAGGAAAAGGAUAAAGUAAAUGCUUUAAAGUCGAAAUUAAAGGCGAUCGAGAUAUUUCGUAAAUCCAAAACGGGGCUGGACCGCACAGCUAAGAAAAAGAAGGUUGUUAAAAAAAUUAAUAAAGAUGCCAACUUAUCUGAAAGCAGUAGUGAUUAGAUGUGUAAUGGUACAAAUGUUUGUGUUCACAGCUAAGUUGUAAAGUAUUUAAUGUAAGAUUUUUUACAAGUUUUCGUAAC